AGUUCUCCAAACCUGCCUUUCCACUCUUGUCAGGAGUAGGCUGGUCUUGGGCUUGCAGAGUAUUUGAAGUCGAGUGAAUAGCAGUAAUGACUUACAGUACUGAUCUGGCUUCAACCAUGAGGGCUGUUUUGGUGAUUUUCAUUCUAGCAGCAUUUCACCUUGGUUUGCAUCAAGCACACAUAAAUGAGUCUUCACAGACGCUGCAAAGGCACAAAAGAGCAUGGAUCAUAGAGUCAUAUGAGAUUGAGGAAGAGCGAGCACCCAAGUAUUUUCUUGGCAAGAUUGAAAUUGAACGCAAACAAAACGUGAGGCACAAAUUGAGCGGGAUGGGGAUCGACAAAGAGCCAAAGAACGUCAUGAAAAUCGAUGAAAGCACAGGGGAAAUCUAUGUACUGAAAAAAGUCGAUCGUGAACAGUACCAAUAUUUAACUCUUACAUUUCUAGCAAUUAAUACAAUAGGUGAGACCCUGGACACUGAGCUUGGCGUUAGUAUCAAAAUCACGGAUAUCAAUGACAAUGCCCCCACUUUUGAUCACCAAAUCUACACGACAACAGUGAAGGAAAGUCAGGUUCAAGGUGGACAAUUAAUUUUGGUCAGAGCUGAGGACAAGGAUGAGUGGAACACCCCAAACUCAACAUUUACUUACAAAAUAGUUUCUCAGACUCCUAUGACAGACAAUGUCCUGUUUUACAUUGACCAGGCUGGUAUCAUUUCCUUCAGAGGGUGCAUCGAUUAUGAGAAAGCUCAGAAAUAUACACUUAUAGUGGAAGCAAAGGACCAAGGUGAGAAGGUGCAGCUAUCAAGUUCCACUACAGUUAUUGUUGAUGUUGAAGAUGAAAACAAUCACCUACCAGUCCAGGAAGGAGUUAAAUUGGUGGCAAAUGUGAAGGAGCGGGACUCAAAUGUGACUCUCCUCAGAAUAAAGGUAUCAGACAGAGAUAAGCCUCACACUCCUAGCUGGAAAGCAAAAUACACGAUUGUAAGUGGAAAUGAGAACAAAAUCUACAAGAUUCUCACCGACCCUGAUACCAACGAUGGAGUCCUGACCCUUGUGAAGCCCCUUGACUUUGCAGAUGGUUAUCUGAGGGAGCUCUCUGUCCAGGUGGAGAACGAGACACCUUUUUUCUCCUGCAGUGUAAAGAGGGUCGUAGCUGAUGACCUCUGGGAAGUGGAUUACACAGACCCUGAAGCAGGCUCAACAGGAAUAGGGUUCAAACCAAAGACUCUGACAGUAACUGUCAACGUGGAAGACAUCAACGACGCUCCAGACUUUGUGCCUCCCAUCAGAACUGUCUAUCUGGAGGAGAACGACAAAGUUGGAAAAGAAUUGCAGACAUUUAUAGCAAUAGACAAAGAUGAGAGCUUGUCAAGUGAAUUCAGGUACAAAGUGGGAGAAGAUCCAGCAGGGUGGGUUUCUAUUGACCCAAAAACGGGUUCUGUAAUAAUGACACAGCUAAUGGACAGAGAGUCCCCUUUUGUGAUAAAUAAUACUUACAUAGUCAUUCUCCAUGCAGUCGACAAUGGUGAACCCCCCAUGACUGGAACAGGUACUUUGAUCAUCCACCUAACUGAUGUCAACGACUGUGUCCCCUAUCUGCUCACCCCUCACAUAGACAUGUGUGCGAACGAGACGGCCUCGAUGACCAAGCUGGCUGCUCAGGACGAUGAUGAGGACCCCUACUCUGGACCGUUCAGCUUCAACCUGCUGGAAAAGGAAAGCCUGAAGGGGAAGUGGAGACUGGAUCCCACCCACGGUUACACUGUGAAUCUCAUCAAAGGAGAAAAAGUUUACAGUGGAAUUUACAUCUUGCAUUUGGAAAUUAGUGACCGGCAAGGUGUGUCAUCGAAACACAACCUGACAGUGACCGUGUGCGACUGCCCAACUUCGGCUCCGGUCAACUGUGGAACAAGGAGACUGGGCAGUUCGACAACGGGAGCCAGUGCCGUUGGGAGCUUGUUUGCGGCCCUGUUUUUAAUGUUGGGUGUGUUUUGUUUUGCACUAUUUUUUUCAUGUGCUCCCAAAACAAUAGAGACACAUGAUGUUGGUGAUUGCACCAUGUUGCCAUACCAUUUCGAGCAUCCUGGCUCUGAUUGCAAGUUAGAUCAACUGGUUUCUAAGGAACCAGCAAAAAUGAUUCAAAAUGGGAGUAGUGCACAAGAACAAGAGGCGUCCAUUGUGGGUUUUCCGAUUUCAAAUGGAUCAAGUAGACUUAAGAAGCUGUAUUACAGUGCAGGUCAUGAGCAGUGGAGGACAGAAGGCAGCAAGAUGCACAUGCUCAGCGCUGACAGACGUGGAAGAUGGAAACAGCACACAGUCAGUGACAAUUCCAUGGGUUAUCUGACACUAUCUACAGUGAACAGAACAACAUCAGCAAGAUCAUCAUUUGCAUGGAAAAAAAAUUAUGCAUUUAACAGAAAUGGAGUUCUGAAUUCUAUGAUAAGACAGAGAGUUGAUUCAUUAUACUCUGGUCAAGAUGACUGCCUCGAGUAUAAUCCUCACCCAUAUGCCGAUGAAGGAGAAGAACCUGAAAUGCUGCAUCUUGAUGUCAUUUCCAUUCCUGACAGCGAGUUCUCACCUGAUCAGCUGCUAGACCUGGGGCCCAGGUUUAAAACCCUGGCAUGCAUUUGCAACCCUCAAGCUAACUAGAGCCGACUUGGCAGGCUAGAUCAUCAAUGGGCAGAGAAGAUAUAACUUCCAACCAGUAUUUCAGACAGUGAUGAACAAAUAGCUACCUGCUGAAGGGGGAAGAUUAGACUGCAGUGCCUGAUUGGUGCUGAAGAGAAGCCAAGUGAUAACACCCAGAGCUUUGUAAUACAUUCUUUACUGCUCACUGUGCGAGAUUGAAAACCAUUAAUGUAAACUGGGCUCUCGACAGGAACAAAAACCCUCGAGUACAUUGUCCUGCUGAGAAAGUGUUAUAUAAUGCAUCCGCCUUGAAAGUGGACCCUAACCAUUAUCAGAAUAAUUGGGUUCAUCAGUCACUGAAUCACUGUACUUUGACCUCUACCUGCAUCAAUUUGAAGUUGACUGAUUUAUUUCUGAAUGUACUGGAUGUGUUUCUUCUCAGAUCUGUCUAUUCUCUGAUCUGUCUAGCUUACUUGUGUGUGUGUGUGUGUGUGUAUAUAUAUAUAUAUAUAUAU